AUUCAAUCACAGUUAAUAAUUAAAGAAAAUCAUUCAAUAAAUCACCAUUAGCAUUAAGGAUGUUAGAUUAAGGGACCUGUGGAACUAUAUUGAUCUGAAAUUUGACGAAAGUAUACCUAUACUGAUAAUAUAAUGUUAGAAAUCACGGAACAUUCAAAUUAUGCAACAAUAUAUAAACGUAUACUGGAAAGGUAAUCUGCCGGUGUAACAGUUCCCAUGGAAACUGAAGUAAUCAGUGCCCAAUAAGUAUACGUAUGAUCUCAGAAUGUAAAAAUUUCUACCAGAAACAAGAAGCUUUAGCCCUUAGAAGGAAUACAAUGUAUGCGUUUUUACUUCGGAGUUUAAUGAUUAAUUAGACGUGAUUUAUCAGAUUUGUUAUCAUUGCCUUCAAACAUAUAGCGUUAAUUUUCUUUCUCAAUCCGAACUCAGUAUUGAUUAUAUAUCAUGUUAAGAAAAAGGAGCUCCUGCGUUCCCUAGUCGCGAUGUGGCGCGGAUGAAUGUUGUCAUUUAUAUCAACUUAUACCCCGAGCUUCCCUGCUAAUUAGGGGGGCCUUACUAAUUAGCAAAUCUCUCAUAUACCAUGCAACAAACGAGGAAGACGGGAAGUCUAAAGUAUGAUUAUAAAAUUCCAAUAUGAAAUUUUGUUUUGAUUUAGUGAAAGUGCUCGUUUUGACGUUGGUGGCACUGAAAAAUUCUGUUUAUACGGAUGACGGAACCUGCUCAGCAUUGAGAUCAAAAUCGAUAUAUAUGAAUGAAGACAUUUUGGAGUUUAUAGAUAAUAAUGAUCAGUUGGUCGAGUCGAAAACAAAAUCAAAAGAGUGUAGUAGAAGCAGCUACUACCAAAACAGGAAAAAGGGAUGGGAAUCUAGUCACAUGAAAGAUCGGCGGGAAACAGAAUCACCCAGCAGAAAGUCAAAACACCAGCGACGACUCAAAGGCUCGAAGAGAAUGAGAAAAAUGAAGAAGAAAAAGCAGCGCUGGAAGAGACACAAACAGAAAAUGGGAUGAAAAUUCAAAUCCUCUUUAUCCAUUAUAAACCAGAUUUCUAAAAUUCCAGUCAUGUGACAUUGAUACAGAUGAAAAUUUAGAAUCUGUUGCCGUGUGCGAUGUUUCAUGAGCACAGUAUUAGGAUGAAGGCGAUCUCGGCAGCUUAUUUCCUGUCAAAUGUAUAAGAUGAAGCCCCGGAGCAGUUUGAUUGAUGCCUAAGAAUCGAUUUUCUAUCCACUAUAAUUCGAUCUGAGUAAAGGCUUAUUAUACAUCUUGACGAACUUGGCUCGUAAUAACUUGAGCGUUAGAGCAUAAGAAAUUGUUAAAUGAGGUAUGGAAGAAUAUAGGACAAUCUACAAGAAAAAGAAGGGAAGGGAUACUCAUUCUAGAGAGUAUACACUGAAACAUAAGAGAAAAUAAUUUUUGUGACAUUGGUGUGAUUAAUGAGGGAUGUAUUAAUUAUAGAUAUAAGAGCAUUUCUAGAUAAGGGUUGUCAAAACCAUAGUGAUCACUCGCCCGUCUUUUCUAUAUUGAGUACUCAAGUACUCAAUCGGUCAUUAUUCAAUAAUAACAAUAUCAAAA